AUGUUAAAAACAAUAUAUCUGAAACGAACUUUUGCCACACCCAAACAAAUUUUGAGAAACUAUAAAUUUCCCGAAGUUCGAACUGAAGAUUGUGAACAAAAAUAUAUAUCUGGCUGGGGACCGGGUGGACAAAAAGUGAAUACAGCUCAAAAUGCUUGUCAAUUAACACAUCUCAAAACUGGAAUUGUUGUCAAAGUGCACGAAUCGAGACUUUUGUCGAAAAAUAUUGAUAUCGCAUUUGAGAGAAUGCGAUUGGCUUUGGAUCGAUUGGAAAAUGGAGAUAAUUGUUAUGAAGAACAAUUAAAGGUUUUUAUUUAUUCUAAAUGUCUGAUUUUUAAAUUGAAAAUGUUUUAGCGACUUCAAUUGAAAAAAGAAGAAAAAGCGAACCGAAGACGAGAAUUGGCAAGGAUAAUGAAAAAUGAUUUGAAAAAUUCGGAAUAA